AUGGGCACCAUCGGCUUGUAUAUAUACAUGAACACAAAGCAGCAAAUAAAGGUGUGCACCAUGAGCAACCAAAACAUUCUGAGCAACCCAAACAUCAUCAACAAAAAGAGGAAUCGAAUAGAAUCGAAACACCAUCAAAAUAAAAAAGAUCCUGCCCACUCCUCGCAGUACAUUCACCGACAUGAUGGCCACGCUCAACCAACAUAUAUUCACAAAUAUGAAAAACACCUUAAGAAAGAGGAGCACCAUCGUAAAGAAGAAGAGCGGCAUCAUUACAAAGAACAAAAACCUGAGGGCGACCAACCAAAACAUCAUCAUAAAAACAAGGAACCUGCUCAAUCUUCGCAAUACGUUCAUCGACAAGAUAAUCACGCUCAGCCCGUCUAUAUACAUAAGCACGAACAUCAUCAUAACAAACAAUAG